UUUUCAUAUUCUUAUAAUUAAGAACUUAAAAUUAAAUAAAAAGAUAGAAGAAAAAUAGUGCUUUGAGAAGAAGAAAAAAACCGUUGCCCUAGAAUUAAAAUCCACUUCUCAGUGUCAUAGGCGUCGUCGGUUUGGGAAUUUUAUAAAGUUGGUCUCUUUUGAAUUCAUCAGUUUCGUCAUUCUCCUUCAAAUCUGGAAACCAAAGCGAGUGUGUUUUGCUCUCUUGAAUCGAAUUUGUAAGCUCGUCGAUUUUGCUUCUUUCCGGGUCGGGUAAUCAAUUUGAUUUGAUUCUUCACUCUUCUACAGUGAGCAGAAAAUGGAAGCUCUCUACGCCAAGCUCUACGACAAAUACACCAAACUCCAGGUUUUCUGCAACAUCUUCCGUUUAAUUUUCUUGUCAAUUUCUGAGGGUUUCUCCGGAAUUUCGCUUUUCUGGGUUCGAUUUUGAUUUCGAUCUCCUUUUUUUUCAGAAGAAGAAAUAUUCCGAAUACGAUGAGAUUAAUAAGGAACAAGAAGAGAAAUUCCUUACCUUUGUUUCAGCCUCAGAGGAGUUGAUGGAACAUUUGAGAGGUGAAAAUCAGAGUUCUCUGGAGAUGGUUGAGAAGUUGAGGAAUGAAAUCAUUUCAAUCAGAUCUGGCAGGGACGACAAGUUUCUGGAGUGUCAAAAGCUUCUCAUGGAAGAAGAACUAAAGAACAAAUCACUUUCUGAAGAAGUUGUCAAGCUAAAAGAGCUGGUCCAAGAGGAACAUCCUCGCAACUAUGAAGAUCAAAGUGGAAAAAAACAAAAGAGAAAGACUCCUGAAAGUGCUCGAGUUACAACGAGAAGCAUGAUAAAACGUAGCAGACUGUCAGAAGAUUUGGUGGAAACGGAUAUGGUAUCACCUGACAUUAGCAAACAUCAUAAAGCAAAGGAGCCUCUCUUGGUUUCUCAGCCACAAUGCUGCAGAACAACCUACGAUGGAUCAAGUAGUUCUGCUAGUUGUACAUUUCAAGCUCUUGGCAAACACUUGCUAGGAAUGAAAUUAUCAACUAAUAAUAAGGGCAAACGCGCCUGCAUUGUAGCCUCACACCCAACAACCGGUUUAUCCUUCAGCCUAACUUUUAUAAAUAACCCAAAUGGUGAAGAAUCUGAGCUGCUUUACAAGCCUGCAUCACUCGGAACAUUUCAAAGAGUGGCACCGGAAUGGAUGAGAGAAGUUAUAAAGUUCAGCACAAGUAUGUGUCCCAUCUUCUUUGAAAGAGUCUCUCGAGUCAUUAAGCUCAAUUGUUGAUCGGUACCGUAUGUACAUCUCCCUCCCCUUAUCUUGUGUAGUCAUCUCUGAUGGCUUCUUAGUGUGAUGUUUCUCAAUAGGUUUGAAAAGCUAGGGAAGUUAUCAUUGUAUCUAUAGAAAUGUGUCUCUCUUUAACUUUGGAAUUAGUUUCAAAGAUAGUGUGUCCUUGUGAUGAAUCAUAUUGUAACAAGAUCUUGAUUUAUCCUUUGCUCUCGAUACCCUCUCCUCUUGUAGACCUCAUAAAUCUCUGAUCUAUUGAGCAUUUUACAUGAUUCAAC